GCGAGGAGAGAGGGUUUCCCACGUCGUUCAGCUGCUGGAGAAGGGGGGAAACGCGGGUUCGGCUUUGGAUUCGACGUCUUCGAUGCCAGGACUUUGGACCUGUGGCAGCAGCCAUCUGUCGAAGUGAUGUGCUUUGGGGACGACGACGACGACAUGAGGAUGUCUGCUGAGAAACCUCAGCCAGAAGGUAGCAUUCAAGGACAGAAUCAUGGUACCAGUGGGAGUAAUUCAGGUGAUGCAGAAGUAACAGAAGCCAAGCACGGAGGCGAAUCGCCCACCAGUGAGACUCACAUGGGACACAUUGAGGAAGCACUUGUCUUCGAGAACAAGUUAUCCGCCUCAGCGGCAGAUGCUUCUUCUGGAGCAUUAAGAAAGGGGCCGCUGCUGCUCAUUGACAGGCAGCAAAUACAGUCCGUGGCGCCUGGGGCCCAGGCAGAUGAGCUCAAAGGCCUGAAUGUUGAUGUGUAUGACCAGGAUGUAUUGGAACAAGGAGUCCUUCAGCAAGUAGACAAUGCGAUACAUGAAGCAAAUAAGGCAGUGCAAAUUGCUGAUGCAAAAAAAGAACAGCAGUCUGUAUUGGACGACCUGAGGUCAUGUACAGCGUCCCUGAAACAAAUCACUGCCAUUAUUGAACAAUUUACUCCUCAAGCUGCCUCUAACAAAGAUAUCAAAAGAAAACUAGAUUCCGUGAAGCGGCAAAAAUACAACAAGGAGCAACAGUUGAAAAAAAUUAAAGCAAAGCAAAAGCACCUUCAAGUAAUUCUUGGUGAAGAGGUUCUUGAUGGAAUAAGUGAUGCUGCAUUUGAAGAAGAUGGAGACCCUGGUCCCUCAUCCCUUGGCAGUAUGCUUAUGCCAGUUCAGGAAACUGAAUGGGAGAACCUUAUCCGAACUGGUCAGAUGACUCCAUUUGGAACAAAAAUACCCCAGAAUCAAGGGAGGAAACCUCGCCAGAUAAUGCUAAAUGAGGCGUCCGGUUUUGAAAAAUAUUUGGCAGAUCAAGCAAAGCUCUCAUUUGAAAGGAAGAAGCCCUCUGUUCGAAAGGGGACCAAGCAGAAAGCAUCUCCGGAGAAGAAUCGGUCCAAAGCUCCAGUAAUUCCCGCAAAAACCAAGUGCGACAAGAGGAAAGGCCUAUUAAAAACAGACAGCCGCCUGAAGAAACGCAUGAGGAAGCUUCAGAAUCAUGUUCUUCAGAUCCGGGCAAAGGCCAGACUCCCCAAGGUCAGGGAAGUGGAGGGAGAGGAGCAACAGGAGGGCAGUGAAGAGUCUGAGUACGGGCCUGAUGAAGCUCUCAGCAGUCUAGAGGAGGAAGAGGCUUUUUUCCAAGACAGUGAUGGUGAUGAUUAUAAAGUGAAACCUUUCCCAAAGAGGAAGAAAUAUUCAUUAACCGAGGAAUUCCAAGAAGAAGAAAUGGGUGAUUCUGACUUUUUCCCAAGCUCUGAGGAAGAAGAAGCAGAGGAUAUUGUUGGAAAACGGAGAAUAAAGAAAUCCAGAGAUGAUGGCAAUGAAGAUUUCUAUAAGCAAAGGUUAAGGAGGUGGCACAAACAACAACUAAAAGACAGAAAGGCGCGGCAGAUAGCGGGAGAAGAUUCUGAUGAAAGUGAUGCCGAAUUUCUUGAGGGUUUUAGAGUUCCAGGUUUUCUCUUCAAGAAGCUUUUCAAGUAUCAGCAGACAGGAGUUCGGUGGCUUUGGGAACUGCACUGCCAGCAGGUGGGAGGAAUUCUGGGAGACGAGAUGGGAUUGGGCAAGACCAUCCAGGUUAUUGCUUUCUUGGCAGGUCUGAGCUACAGCAAAAUCAGGACUUGUGGUUCAAAUUACAGGUUCCAAGGACUUGGUCCAACCGUGAUUGUGUGUCCAACCACAGUAAUGCAUCAGUGGGUGAAAGAAUUCCAUACUUGGUGGCCUCCAUUUAGAGUUGCAGUUCUGCAUGAGACAGGCUCUUAUGCCAGCAAAAAGGUGAAACUGAUUCGGGAAAUUGCCGCAUGUAAUGGUAUUUUGAUAACCUCCUAUUCAUAUAUUCGCUUGCUGCAAGAUAACAUCCACGGCUACAAUUGGCAUUAUGUGAUUCUAGAUGAGGGACAUAAGAUACGGAAUCCAAACGCUGCAGUUACAGUUGCUUGCAAACAGUUCUGUACUCCUCAUCGGAUCAUUUUGUCUGGAUCGCCUAUGCAAAAUAACCUGAAGGAGCUGUGGUCCCUCUUUGAUUUUGUAUUUCCAGGAAAACUGGGGACGCUGCCUGUCUUCAUGGAGCAAUUUUCUGUUCCAAUAACCAUGGGUGGAUAUUCCAAUGCCUCCCCAGUUCAGGUGAAAACGGCGUACAAGUGUGCUUGUAUUUUACGGGACACCAUUAACCCCUAUUUGCUGCGGAGAAUGAAGGCAGAUGUCAAAAUGAGCCUCUCGCUACCGGAUAAAAACGAGCAGGUACUGUUUUGCCGUUUGACGGAUGAGCAGCACCAAGUUUACAAAAAUUUUAUUGAUUCCAAAGAAGUUUAUCAGAUUCUCAAUGGAGACAUGCAGAUUUUCUCUGGACUGAUAGCCCUGAGGAAGAUCUGCAACCAUCCCGACAUCUUUACUGGCGGCCCUAAGAUUCUGAAGGGCGUACCUGACGAAGAAUUAAACGAAGAGGAUCAUUUUGGAUUCUGGAAACGUUCUGGGAAAAUGAUAGUUGUGGAGUCUCUGCUGAAAAUAUGGCACAAGCAGGGGCAUAGAGUCCUUCUCUUUUCUCAGUCUAGGCAGUUGCUGCACAUCCUUGAAGCUUUCCUGGAGCAGAGAAGUUAUUCCUACCUCAAAAUGGACGGCAACACAACGGUUGCAUCAAGGCAGCCACUAAUUGCAAAAUACAAUGAGGAUACAUCCAUAUUUGUAUUCCUUCUUACUACUCGUGUUGGUGGGCUUGGUAUUAACCUGACAGGUGCAGACAGAGUGAUUAUCUAUGACCCUGACUGGAAUCCCAGUACAGACACCCAGGCUCGAGAACGUGCGUGGCGAAUAGGCCAAACGAAAGAGGUGACAGUGUACAGACUUCUUACUGCGGGUACUAUUGAAGAAAAGAUUUACCACAGACAAAUCUUCAAACAGUUUCUAACAAACAGAGUGUUGAAAGAUCCUAAGCAAAGGCGCUUUUUUAAAUCCAACGAUCUCUAUGAACUCUUCACCCUGAGCAGCCCAGAUGGGGCUCAGGGGACAGAAACCAGCGCUAUCUUUGCAGGCACCGGUUCUGAUGUUCCAACGCCAAAGUCGCAAUUAAAAGGUAAAGUGGCAAACCUCUCUGAUGUUCCUACAAGGUGUAAUCGUCUUGCAGAGCGUACUUCACCCACGUGCACCAAACUGUCAGAUUCCUCCUCAGCAAGGCAACGUGUUAAUUCACCGACUGCAUCAAUAGAGUCAGCUGGAAAUAUCCAGAGAAACGCGGAAAGGUCUCCAUCUUGUCUUCCUAAAUAUGAUGCUCAGCUGACCGCUGCUGAGAUAGAUGCGUUCACUGGCAUGGAAGAGAAACAUUUAGAAUCAGCUGAGGGACCACUGCCCAGAGCAGAGCUGGAGAAGGAAGGGGCUUCUGAAGACAUGGGAUUGUUGGACUCCUUGCCAACAGGUGAAUCCGGUGAGAAGCGGCGUCCUCUGGUAGAGGAGAAAAACAGUCCUCGCAGGGACCAGGGUGGGAACGUGCAGCCGCGUAAGACUCAUAAGCACACUUCAAAAACAAAACACCAUGAGGGCCAGCCAAAGAAGCCCAAACGGUCCCGAGGGGCCAGGUUCGAGGGUGAGCGGAUUCCUCACCUGGUCAAGCAGAGAAAGUACCGGAAGGAGGACAAUGAGGACGAGAAAGAUCCGAAGAAAAUCGAUGACUAUGUUUUGGAGAAACUUUUCAAAAAGUCAGGAAUUCAUAGCGUCAUGAAGCACGACACCAUCAUGGAAGCCUCCAGCCCAGACUACGUGCUGGUGGAAGCAGAAGCCAGCCGUGUUGCUCAGGAUGCCCUCAGAGCCCUCAAGAUCUCUCGGCAACGAUGCCGGGCCGCUGCUUCUGGUGUUCCCACGUGGACCGGCACCAGCGGCCUGCCUGGCUUGCCAGCAAGAGUAAAAAGCAGGUUUGGUCAGAAGAGGAACCCGAAUUUGGCGAUACCACCUUCUUCCGCUCCAUCUCCGGGAAAGAAAUGCAAGGACACAGAGAGCGGCAGAGAGGAGAAUAAAAACAAAAACAUUUCUCCUGUUCUCUUCGAUGGAAGAGUGGAAGCCGGAGAGUCCUCUUCAGGUGCGCUGAAUUCCUCAUCGUUGCUGGCUAAAAUGAGGGAAAGAAAUCACCUGACCGUGCCCCAGCGAACAGAGAGCCAGGCUGAGGAGAGUCUCCAGCAGCCGGAUGCCCCGGUCACCACAGAGCAUGACGAAUUGCUGGUGGAUGUCCGGAACUUCUUGGCCUUCCAGGCCCACGUGCCAGGUCAAGCGAGCACGCGGGAAAUCCUGCAGGAGUUUGAGUCGAAGCUGACCGUGGAGCAGUCCUGUGUCUUCCGAGAGCUGCUGAGGAAUCUCUGCACUUUCCAUCGGCAGUCAAGUGGGGAAGGACUCUGGCGGCUGAAGCCGGGGUUCUCCUGACAGCUGUUUCGGGGUGCAGAGUUCGCAUCCCUCCCCCCCGGUUCACGUGGUUUUAAUCCUCUUUUGGAAUUAUGCUUCACGAACUGGUGCACGUCACUACGCUUCUGUACGGUGUUUUACGGGAGCAAUGCCUUCUACCUCAUCAUGCAGCAAUAGAAACUGAGCGGACCUUUUCUUAAAAAAGGGGGGGGGGCAGAAGAACCUUGUGGUGGCUGGGACUCAAAAUGGAUUUCUCUUAAGCUUUCUGAUGAAUUAGGGCCAUACAUCCGGACUCCACGAGUGGCUGAUUUAGGGGUGUGUUGCACAUUAGGACACCUCAAUCAAAUGGUUGAACGCAGUACUUAACUCCGUCAGUGGAGAAGAAUUGUUUCCAGUGCAGCGUGGGUUCUUUCAGUGCUGCUCAUUCUUAGGAUCUGUAGCCUGUAGGAGAGAAAUUCUGGCACUAGGAAAACCUCUUCGGGUGUUGGAAAUUGAGAUGGAGCCGGUUUCUAUUUCAGUACUUCGAGGCUCACCUGCUGGGAGUGGCUGAGUGAGAGCACAGGCCUGGUCUUGCCAGGUCCUCUCCUGCUGUGGGCAGGCUGGGGUGUUGUUUUCUCUGGUUACCACUCAACGUGAUGCCGCCAAGCCUGUAGAUUCCUGGCAGCAAAACCUUGCCAGGUCUCCUGCCCACUGAUGCCUCUCUUGGACCCCUUUCAUAGGCUUUGAUCAUCUGUGCUGCAUAGCAGUGGAGGUGGUAGAGCGCAGGUGGGCAAACCCCCCCCUCCCAGACCCUACCUUCUCUUUCUCCCCGUGUCGGUAAGAGAUGAGCUGAUCAGCAGAGGAGGGAUGGGAGCGUGGCCAGGACAAGCUGCCCGUGUUUCUCUUUCUCCAUAGCUGGACUCCUGUGCUGCGCACCACACAGCACGGAAGCUCAACAAGGUGAGUGUAGGGUGGGUGACUGUCAGGCAUGAGAGAAAAGGGUGGGGGGCUUUGGCAGAUGAAUGAGGGAGGUGGGGGAGGCUUAUUUAGAUAUUCAGAUAGAGCCUAGGCAAUAGGGAUGUGUAAGAAAAGAGAGAUUCAUUUCAUUACUUCAUUCAUUUUCUUUCUUAAACCCAUAACUUUUAUUUUUGUUCAGUUUGUGUUACGUUCCCUUUGUGAUCAAUUUCACACAUUUUGGCCAUUCUCAUUUUUUUUUUGAAUGGGAGACUCUCUGGUGCUUUCCCAGCGCCCGUUAACUAGAGGCUUCCAGUUCAGCAUGAAAUUCUCAAGCAUUCUGCCAAAUUUCAGACAGGUGGGUAACUGGGCUCCUGUUUAUAGGCAGUUAAAGAGACAGAUACAAAUCCUAUGCAUGCUUGUUUACGCAGAAGUAAAUCCUACUGAGUUCAAUGAUGCAUGGAUAUAGAAUUGUAGCCCAAAUGUGAACCGCCCAGAGAGCUUCGGCUUUGGGGCGGUAUAAAAAUGUACUAAAUAAAUAAAUAUUUAAAAUUUCAUCUAUUUUUAGACCACAUCCUGGUCAGUAAAUGCAACAAAACUCCAAAACAGUUUUCUAAGUCUUAGGGCCUAGGGAGCUCAAACCCAGGGACGCUCCUGAGCCUUGCAGGGAAAGAAGGGGAGCAAAUCCAGAGCUUGUUGAAGCAAGGUCUGAGAGAGCUGAAGCCAGCCUGAGUGAAGAAGUGAACUCUUCACCGCUUUAGGUGAUGGUGAGACAGCGAAGCCCCAAACACUUCCCCCCCUGCAUGCCUGGGCAAAUGUUGCUCGUGACCUUAAGAAGUCUGGGAAAUAUAUGAACAGGUGGUCUAUCGGAAUCCUAACUGCCUGCCAGCCAGCACUGCUCACGGUAGAUGGGAACCUUUCAGGGUCACUCCAGACAUGGCUUUUUCCGCUGGUGGCAAUGCAAAUGUUUCGUCUGGCCUGUGCGCUCAGCGAUCCUAUGAGAAGGGCAGGAGAAGAAGGAAACCCUGAAACAUCUCUAGAGAGAACAGCCAAGAGUUCGUUUUGUUGGAUGGAGCCUGUGAUUUUUGUAACUUGCAUUGAAUGGGGUUGAUCAGCAAAGCUCCUCAAAUUAGGGUUGCUGCUUUCUCGGGACACGGGCUGGUGGUACUCCGUUCAAUGGAAUACUUCCUGUAUUUAUUCCCCAGCAAGAAAUUGUCUAAUGUGUCAAGAAUUCACUAACAUUAAAACAGUUUGUAAUAAUCAUCACUUCUACAAUCUAAUCUGUGAUCAAUUACUAACUUUGCUCACUGUGAACGAGGUUUGUGUUACAGGUCAUUCAUCUAAAGCAACCUUCCCCAACCUGGUGCCCUCCAGAUGUGUUGGGCUAUCCACGGCGCCGUUAUUUA